GUGAGAGGACGCUUAUGUAGAAGUAGGGCAAAGGUAGUACACGGUUAGUGCAGAGAGUCCUCUGGUGCAAUAACAAUGCUGCUGAACAAGGUCCUCAGAGCUGGUGUGCGGCGUGGGAUCCGUCUGCAGAGCUCUUCUACAGCUACAGCCAGUGCCACAGCAUCUUCCAGCAGCCCUGCAACAUCCCUUGGCUUCUCAUUUGACUUGACCGAUCAGCAGAAGGAGUUCCAGCAGUUGGCGAGGAAGUUUGCACGAGAAGAGAUCAUACCUGUUGCUCCUGCUUAUGACAAGAGUGGUGAAUAUCCUUUCCCCAUCAUCAAGAAGGCGUGGGAGCUUGGUAUGGUUAACGGUCACAUUCCACAGGAAUAUGGUGGAAUGGGUUUGUCAAGCUUUGACACCUGCCUCAUCACUGAGGAACUGGCUUAUGGAUGCACAGGGAUGCAAACUGCCAUUGAGGCAAACUCUCUCGGACAAAUGCCUGUCAUUAUUGCUGGCAGUGAUGCACAGAAGAAGAAAUACCUGGGACGGCUGACUGAGGAGCCUCUCAUGUGUGUAAGUAUUCUGAAGAUUUGUCUGAGCACGGUUGUUCAUGUAUUUGCUCCAAUGCAGGUGGCAGCAGGAGCUACCGGCCUGGCACAGAGGGCGCUCGACGAAGCCACCAGUUACGCUCUGGAGAGGAAGACCUUCGGCAAAGUUAUUGCUGAGCACCAAGCUGUGUCCUUCCUCCUGGCUGAGAUGGCGAUGAAGGUAGAGCUGGCUAGGAUGGCGUACCAGCGUGCUGCCUGGGAGGUGGACCAGGGCCGCAGAAACACCUACUACGCUUCCAUCGCCAAGGCCUUUGCAGGGGACAUCGCCAAUCAGGUGGCCACUGAUGCUGUUCAGGUAUUUGGAGGCAACGGCUUCAAUAGCGAGUACCCUGUAGAGAAGCUCAUGAGGGAUGCAAAGAUCUACCAGAUCUACGAGGGCACAGCUCAGAUCCAAAGGCUCAUUAUUGCCCGAGAACACCUGGGAAGAGCCAAGAAAUGAAGUCUGCUCAUCAUCAUUUAAACUUACUUUUCAUGUUUGGUAUACAUAAUGUAUUUGUUUCUUUCUAUUUGGCCACUUGAACUCAGGAUAACGAUCAAAAUUUUGCAUUAAUGUCACUUCCUACUGCGGUUUUCAAGAGUGAUCCAGAUCAACACGACCCAUCAGCCUCCUUUCGCCUCAGAAUUCACGAUGCCAUAAGUUACACCAAUUAAUCAAGUCACAGAAUAUGACACAGCUAUGUCCUGAUCACAGAACAGUUUCUGUUAAUGAUGGUGGUGGGGGCUGUGUAGCAUUAAUACAGUGUGAUCUGCCAAUUGCCUGUUGUGCUGUGAAGCUUCUGCUGAUGAACCUGAACUGUUGGGACUAAAGUUAGAAAAAAGGGACUAGGAUUGGACUAACCUUUCGCCUUACUCUGUUGCUGCAGUACUUUAACAGUGUGAUUGGUGUUUGAUCACAUUCACUCUUCUUUGCAUCAGAAGUUUGAUAAAUG